AUGUCCUCCACAGGCCUCAUCGUGAGGCAGCUCAUCGCCUGGUUUGCUGGUGUGCUGCCAAUUUGCUUUUACUUGGCGCUGGCAGUGGUUUGUGGGCUUCACCGGCGGUGGAUUUCGUUCACUUUCUCCGUCGCCUUGAUGCUCGCGUUGCUUGUGUCGGUCGUACUGAACUGCGUCGCCAUCAUCUCCACCAUUUUGCUGACGCGGUCUCGCGUGAAUUUUGCGCAACGCGUGAAGGAGAUUCCAGGCGAGACGCUGUGGGACUCCCUGUACCUGGAGGGUUCCGCUUCGGUGUGUGCAAAUCCGCAGAUCGAUCUUUUCGAUGUCGAUGGGAACGAGACCCGCAUGAUCAACCGGCAGUCUGACGAGGCUGUCUUGUCGAGCAUUCGCGAGUCGACCACUGUCAGCCUCAACACUGUUAAAAGCCAAUCAUUUUCGCCGAGCGUUCUGGGGAGUAGUCGCGCUUCAGUCAACCCUUUGUGCCCGCCGUUGCAUCCUGCCGCUGCUGUGCGUGUUGUGCCUCAGGAAUCCGUGCAGCCUCGUCGCGAGGCCUCCGUGACGCAGCUGGAGGAGACGUUCAUGCUGUCGCCGCCCUCCGCAUUGGAACAUCGUUUUAUGAAGGACAGGACUUCAGCCGCUUUCACGUCCCCGCCACUGGGGCCAAGUACCCCGCAGUCGUACCCAGAGGAACGCCCCAGUGCUGACAGAAGCCUCAGCGGGUCUUUCGAGCAUUCAGUGUGCGGGCGGAAGGAUAAUGCACAGCAGUUCGCGGCUCAGUUGUACGAGCCUUUACGCGCUCCUACCGGCGUCCGGCGCAUGCCUGAGGCCUCUGCGAUCCCUUCUAUCCACGAUACCAACUCUUCUAAGUUUUUCUGCACGGCAUUCAUGAUGCCGUUCGUCUCGCUGUACAUGACAAUUAUUCUCACCAUCCUCACACUCGUCGGCUCUUUAAUGUUCGAGUAUGACACUCAUUGCCUCUUCCUAGCCUCUCCUGCACUCGGCGUGCCGUGGCUAUGGGUAAACCUCCUGCCUGUGAGGAAUGCUUUUCAGAAUACCUCGGAGAACGCACAGAACUUUCACGGUCGUCUGGUGUGCGCCCUCACUCACUGGCUGUUCAUGAUUGCCAUUUCCAUUGUCUCACUUGGCGUGUUCGUCGCAGCCUUCAUGCUUGAAAUUGUGUAUUGGCCUCCGUACCGCAUUGACGGCGAGGCAACGCCACGUUCGAUUUGUGUGCUGAGCUACAUCGCCCCGGUUCUCGUUAUGGCCAUUAUGGGGAUCGUUUUCAGCAACCUUGAGUCGAUGCACAGCACCAGCGGAGAGUGUGCUGAAAGUGGCCCGCUGGUGGCAGAAGCGGUGCCUGUGACGACGGAUUACCGCGGUUGUCCACCAGCGCAGGAAACGACGCGAGUUCUCACACCCGGGCUCCUACCAGGCGACUGCGGCGGUGAGGCGUUGCCCUUUGCAGGCCUAGGCAACCUCACUGGCACCUCUCUCACUGACAGCGCGGGUGUCGUGUCGGUGGCAGUGGUGUGCGCAAGUGCGCAGUCCACUGUAGUGACCCCCAACUUGGCUCCAAUGUCGAAUGGCGAGCCUGUUUCGACUCUGUCUUCGAUUCUGCGGUCCGCGACGGGGGGUAGCGCUUUCAUUCCCCUUAUCAACAAGACAUCGAUCACGAUGCUGCCACGGAGCAAAGGUUUCCGGCAUGGUAUCCAGUUGUCCAGCAACGGAAGCUCUGAUCUCCAGAAAGGUUCUCACCCAGCGACCACCAUGACGUCCGUCCCGCAGCUGAAGACGGUGACGAUGCUGUACGUUGCCUACCGCGACAUCUGCGAUGGUGGCGACAGUACCAUGGCAAGCACUUUCAAAGCAUCCCACCAGAAGGGCAGCGUGGCUGCCAGUCGCAACCAGCUGCAAGCUGUGUCGGUCAACUUCGAGGUCAUGAUGGAGGCUCUCGAAGACGCCAGGGAGCAGGGCAGUGCUGACGCGAACGCCUACGUGCUUACAGCAUAUGAGGAUGCGAUUUGCCUGGUCUGGGGGCUCAUUCCUUUUCGUAGCGAUCCGGUGCUCUUGGCGAUUGAAAAGGCGAUUCAAAUUAUGGAGGCCUUCAAGAGUCGCCCGAAGCCACCACCAAGUUUCAGCUGCGAGCAGCGGGAACUGGUCGCGGCUGUGGUAUCCGCUCCAUAUUCGCUUGUGGGCCUCAUCGGCUCCGGCGCAUUCCGCAGUAUCCACUUCUUCAAUCCGCGACAGCAUGUGCUGGGAGCGCAGAUGCUACGUCGUGGCACCGCCAUGUACUGCCGUCUUCCCUCCGUACAGGCUUCUCUCGAUGAACCAGAGAACCCAUUUCAUUGCAUCUUGCUGGAUGGGCGGUCGUGGAGCAGUACGGCAAGUCAUGUCCUGGCACGACCGUGUGGCAUCUGCCGGAGCUACGGACUUGGCGCAGACGCGAAGCAGCCGAAUCAGCGCAGCUCUCCUCUUAACGUAACCACGAAUCCGACAAGGCAGGAGUUUCUCAUUACGUACAACUUUAUGGAGAUGGUGCAAGCCAAGGAGGAGGAGUGGCAUCUCGUGGUGCAGCGGCAAGAGCACCUCGGCGCGAAAUUUAACUACCUCUCCGAGGCGGUUCAGAGGCUCCACCAGGGUGACCAGAGCGGCGCGUGCAAGGUACUCCGAGACGCAAUGCAGAGUGCGGCCUCCAACAGUGACGCCGACAACAUCACCCUCGCCAAGAUGUUGCUCGAAGAUUUGGAGUGCGCAGAGGACGGAGGGCCGCACGAUAUGUAA